CCUAGGGAUUUUCGUUUCGUACAUUUAAAAUUAUAUACAACCAACUUCACGAUUAUUUUCUAAUUGUCACGUGGAAUUUUGAGGUUAAUAAAAAAUGGAAAAUUAUAAAAUAAUAACCUGUAAGUAUUCGACGGACUCAGUGGCAUCUCACGAUUUAUUCGUAAAAGAACACAAAGUACGGAAUCAUACCCCAGAAAAACCAGCAGGAAAAACAUUAUUUAUUUUAAAUGUACCACCAUACGCAACCCCGCAAUCAUUUAAAGAAGCCUUUUCAACAAUCGGGAAAGUAACAUCAGUCCAAUUUUAUGACUCCCAUGAAAAUUUAUCGCAACAAAGUGAAAAAUUAGGUUUUAAAGUUGCGUUUGUUGUCUUUGAAAACUGGGCUGAUUUAACUAAAGCUUUAUCUUUAAAACAACUCCCACCACUAACAAACAAAAACGAAUUGGGACUUUUAAGUUGGAUACAGGAAUAUAACUCGAGUAUUGUAAAUCGGAAAAAAUUGGAGGAAAAAUGUAAAAUGAUCAUUUCUAAGUACGAUAAAGAACAGUUAAAAAGUGGGAAAAAUAAACAGGUUGUUGACGAUGAAGGAUGGACUGUGGUUACAGGGAAGGGUAAAAAAGCUGGGGUUGCUCGAACGGAGAGUGGGCAAAAUAAAUUAAGCGAAAAGUUAAAAAGGAAAGGGGUUAAAGAUUUCUAUACGUUUCAAAUUAAAGAGAAGAAAAUGGAGAAAAUUGUUGAGUUAAGGAAAAAAAUGGAAGAGAAUAAAAAACGACUUGAAGCUAUUAGGAGUCAAAGGAAAUUUAAACCUUUCAGUUGAAUUGAUGUUUGUGUUUUAAUAAAUUGAUUUAAAAUGAUUUGUAUUAUUUAUAACCAAUAAAAUAGUUGAUGUGGUAAAGGUUA